GAUACCGCUGUCGCAGAGGCCGAGGUCAAAGUCUUAGAAGAAGCUGAGAGCGAUAAAAGAUCGUUGUCGUUACAAGAUGACAAAGAUCCGUUAGAAAAAGUAAAAAUGACACUUACAGACAAAUAUGUUAAUGAACAAUUUAAAGAAGUAGAACAACUCAAAUCUCAAGACAAGAAUAACAAUGUUCCACAAGUUAUUCCGAACAAUCAAGACAAUUUUAGUUCACAUACUCCGGCACCUCGGAACCAGUUUAACAUAAAUCCUACGCCAAGGAAUUUGCCAAAAUUUGAAGUCGAUAAUUUGGAUUUAUCAAUAGCUGAAGAUAUUAAAUCAGAAAUUCAGCAAAAACAAACAUUAAAUCCGUGUGCAGCUGAUUUUGAAUUUACUCAGCCACCACUGCCACCAAAACAUGAUCAGUCUGUAGUGUCCGACUUGACUAAGUUUUUAUUAAAGAAAGAUUUAUUACUUACUAGGUUUCAGAAUUUUGAUGACUGUGCGGAAACUUACGCUUCAUGGAAGGCUACUUUUAAAAGUAUUACAGAAGAACUUUCAGUUACGGCUUUCGAAGAAAUGGACUUAAUAGUAAAAUGGCUCGGCCGUGAAUCUUCUAAGUUUUUGCAAACUAUUCGUGCGUCAAAUGUGAACAAUCCAAAGACUGGUCUUCGUCGUAUAUGGGAGCGUCUUGACGAACGCUAUGGUAGACCUGAGAUGGUAGAAGCGACAAUUAAAACAAAACUACAGAAGUUUCCAAAAUUAACAAACAAGGAUCAUAGUCGACUUUAUGAGCUAUUGGAUAUUCUCACACAAAUUGAAUCUUCAAAAGAGAAUGAGACAUUUUCGAAUUUAUUGUCAUAUUUCGACUCUUCUUCUGGUGUUUUACCAAUCGUGGACAAAUUACCGUAUAAUAUACAAGAGAAGUGGACAACACGUGCAUCACAAUACAAACUGAAAAACAAUGUACCAUUUCCACCUUUUUCGUAUUUUGUGCAAUUUAUCAGAGAGGUUUGUGCUGUCAAAAACGAUCCUGCGUUUAUUUAUAGUAAUACUGAAGCAUCAUAUUCUAGAAAAACAAAUGAUACACGGAAAGUUAACCAUGGCGCAACGUCAGUGUUUAACCGAAAAACAGAUGUUAAUAUUAAACAGAAUGAAGAGAAAGAGGCUGUACGUUGUCCUAUUCAUAAAGCCAAUCAUCAUUUGAAUACUUGUCGAGCCUUUAAAGCAAUGACUUAUGAAGAACGUAGAAAGUAUCUGAAGGACAAUAAGAUUUGUUUCAAAUGCUGCCAUUCGACAACACAUAUGUCAAGAAAUUGUACCGUAACGGUAAAAUGUGAACAUUGUGGAAGUAAUUAUCAUAUAACCGCUAUGCAUUUAUCUGCAAAAUCUAGUUCUCCUGACGGUGGGGAGAAAUCAUCUGAAACAACGCAAAAUGCUAAUGAUCAUACAGUGUCAUCCAAGUGCACGUCAUUAUGUGGAUUUAGUGGUAAAUCAUGUGGAAAAACCAUUCAGGUCCGUGUGUACCCAAAGAACUUUCCAGAUAAAGCCGUUUAUGUGUACGCUAUAUUGGACGACCAAAGUAACAGGACUCUUGCUAAGACUGAGCUGUUCGAUCAAUUAGGUAUAAAUACAUCAGCCAUUCAGUAUACUAUGUCAUCUUGCGCUGGGCGCACUAUCAUGAACGGUAGAUGUGCAGAAAGUCUGAUAGUUGAGUCAUUGUCUGGUAACGGAAAACUUGAAACACCUUCAGUAAUAGAGUGCAGUGCAAUCCCAGACGAAAAAUCAGAAAUUCCGACUCCGGAUAUUGCUAAAUCGUAUCCCCAUUUACGGGAGAUAGCUCAUCAAAUGUUAGAUUUGAAUCCAAAUAUAGACAUUCAACUUUUAAUUGGAAGAGAUGUCCCAGAAGCGCACCACGUGAAUAGACAGUUGACAGGACCGAAGGGCACGCCAUUUGCCCAGGAGCUCUUUUUCGGUUGGGUGAUUAAAGGCGAUGUUUGCUUAGGCAAAGUGCACAAACCAAAUUUUGUCAAUGUUAAUAAGUCUAAUGUAAUGAACAAUGGUAGAGGAACUAUAUUUGAACCUUGUAUAAACACUUUGUAUGUAAAGGAAAACACUGAAUUGGCUCAUAUUAGAGAUAAUGUUCAUUCACAAAGGUGUAAUAAUGACCCAUUGUUUAUUAAAACCAAAGAUGACGACAAGAUUGGCACAUCAGUUGAAGACCGCUUGUUCCUUAAUCUCAUGGAUUCAGAAUGGAUGAUAGGUGUCACGCGAAGAAUAUUAGACGCUGUUAUCUUAACUUCUAGUAGUAAAAGUUUGACUCAUGAAAGUUUAACAACAUUCUUAGCUGAAGUGACCGCAAUUAUUAACGCAAGACCCAUUGCGCAGAUAUCAUCAGAUCCGGAAAUGCCUUUGAUUAUAAGUCCAUCAAUGCUCUUAACUGGAAAACAAGACUACUUACCUGUGAUAACGGACACAUAUAACCUCAAGGAUAUGUAUCAUGCACAAUGGAAACAUGUGCAAGUUCUAUCAGAUAUAUUCUGGAAGCAUUGGAGGUCAGAUUAUUUACAAUGUUUGCAACAGAGACGUAAAUGGCACGUUGACAAGGACAAUAUCAAAGUUGGUGAUGUAAUUCUUAUGAGAGACAAAUCUGUUUACCGAGGAGAGUGGCCACUAGGCAUUGUGGAGGAAGUUAUCAAAAGCGAUGAUGAAAAAGUACGCAAGGCUCGCCUCCGCAUCUACAAGGAAGGUAAAGCUGUUACAUAUACAAGACCGAUUAGUGAGAUGGUUUUAUUGGUAGACUGAUUGUGAAUAUUGACUUCUUUGUAAGAACAAUUUAUGAAAAGGUUUUAGGUGAACUGUUGUUUGUAUUUUUAGUGUGUUUUUUCUGCUGAAGGAAUGUUCUUCGAUAGCAUUGAUUUUUCGUAAUAGUCAAAAUUAUGACUUAUUUUUACAUUUGGUAAAUUUGCAUAAAUUUGUUAGAAAAUAAUAUCAUGGGAAUGAUAUUAGACGGGGAGUGUACUGUUACCAGUGUUGAUUUUUUGUUGUUUAAAAGAAAUUCUAUCGAUUUUUCAUACGUUUUCCCGGACUUUUUUGAUUGCUAGAUUUUUUGUACUUUGAAGUUCGUUACUUUCCCCCUUACUUUUUUGUUUCCUAAAUUGAAAGCAUGAACGUGGUCACACGCAUUUAAAAGUAUCUUAAACUACGCCGACUCACAAUCUUUUUACCAACAUCACAGCACAUAUAUGUAGACUCAUACUAUUUCAUGGUUUUCGGAAUA